CCUCCCCUCCUCGGAAUGCCCUCUGACCUAUCUCCGGGGGUUUAUAUAGCUACCGUGAUAGAGCGGAGGCCCCUGGCAGCCAAAAUGACACCUCUACCGGUCUCUGUGUGCUGCGUGAUCUCCCUUCUAACCCUGGUCGCUGCAGACCUGGUGGCGGAAACAGCCAGCCCUGAUGAGCUGCACCUCCGCCUCCCACUUCCCUGUGACCUCUCCUGUGACCCCGGCGAUGACCAUGGAGGCCAGAUCUCCUCCAACGACACCCCAGCCCCCGGGCCUGUGUGUCAGCCUUGUGACCGCCAACCACGCCUGCCGACACUGUCCGGGGAACAGCGUGAGGCACCUGUUCAGGCGGAGCAACCCCAUGAGAUAGAGGCGGUGGCGAGGGAGGAAGAGGAAGAAGAAAAGGCUACGUCCGAGGAGACGGUAGCCAAGGACGAUUCUGUGGAGAUCUCAGAGGAAGCUGAAGGAUCAGAGCUUUGGGGGGAAGCUGCCUUGUCUGAGAAAGAAGAUGAAGAGGCCAGAGAGGUGGUUGAGGUAGAAGCAGAAUCUGAUGGUGAGACAGAGGAAGAGGCAGAACUUGAAGAUGGCACAGAGAAAGAGGCAGAAUCUGUAGCUCAGACAGAGGCAGAACCUCAAGCUGAAGCAGAACCUGAAUCUGAGGCAGAAGCAGAACCUGAAGCUGGGGAUGAGGAACAGUCAGAUGCUGUGGACGAAAAUGUUGCAGAGGAAACAGUUGAGGAAGCCGGGGCUGUGGAGACAGGACCUGCUGAGGAAGAAUCAGCAGAGGAACUAGUGUUUGAGGAGGUAGAAGAAGUAGCGGAAGCACCAGAGGAGACAGUAGCGUCUGAGGAUGUUAUCAAAGCCCCUAUAGAGGAAAAGGUUGUCCCAGAGAGCCUUCCAGAGACGACAGAAAAAGCUGUGGAGGAUCCAGUUAUUGAAGAGGUGACAGUAGUGGCUGAAGCCGAGUUAGAACUUGUGGCUGAACCUCAGUGGUUUCAAUCAGAACCAGAGGUUGUGAUGGAGAAUGUUAUUUCAGAGCUGUUGGAGUCUGACAUUGAAGCAGAACAAGAACAACAGCCUGUUGUAGUUGAUUCUGAUCCAGAACCCAUUCCGGAACCCAUGGAAGCUACGUCAGAAUCUGUGGAAGCUGUCCCGGAAACUGUGGUGGAAGCAGUUGAUGUGGUUGAGGAGGUGGCUCCUGAGGAGGUGAAGGAUGAGGAGGAGUUGGUGAACGAAGAGACUACUGUGGAGGAGGCGACUGAUGUGGAGGAGGCGACUACUGAGGAUGUGCCAGGAAAAGCAACAAAAUCACGAGUGAGAGUGGCGGAUGAGGACGCAACGACCACGAAGCUCAGAGACCGCUCCCACAUCGACAACACACUCCGACUGACCACUGCUGAACCCACGCCUGAGUUUUCAGCUGCACUGAAGAAAUUGCAAAACAUCUACCACUCUGCCAUUAAGCCCUUGGAAACAGCCUACAAGUACAACGAGCUUAGAACACACGAGGUCACAGAUGGAGAGAUCACCUCCAAGCCAAUGGUUCUGUUCUUGGGGCCCUGGUCUGUAGGCAAGUCCUCCAUGAUCAACUACCUCCUGGGUAUCCAUGACACCCCACAGCAACUCUACACAGGUGCCGAGCCCACUACCUCUGAGUACACGGUCGUGAUGCAUGGGGAGAAGUCCCGCACGGUGGAGGGCAUCGUCAUGGCAGCAGACAACUCCAGGUCCUUCUCUCCUCUGGAGAAGUUCGGCCAGGGGUUCCUGGAGAGGCUGGUGGGGAUAGAGAUGCCCCACAAGCUGCUGGAGAGGGUCACCCUCGUGGACACGCCCGGGAUUAUUGAAAACCGCAAGCAGCAGGAGAGAGGAUACCCCUACAGUGAAGUGUGCCAGUGGUUCAUCGAUCGCGCGGACCUCAUCUUCCUGAUGUUUGACCCCACCAAGCUGGAUGUGGGCGGAGAGCUGGCGACGCUGUUCAAACAAAUGAAGGGUCGAGAGUCCCAGAUCCGAAUCAUCCUCAACAAGGCGGACAAUUUGGCCACGCAGGACCUGAUGCGUGUUUACGGCGCCCUGUUCUGGUCCAUGGCCCCCCUCAUCAACGCCACAGAGCCGCCCAGGGUCUACGUCAGCUCCUUCUGGCCGUCGGAGUACGCAGCCGACACCAACCGACAGCUCUUCAUUCAGGAGGAGGUCUCACUGCUUGAGGACCUCAACCAGGUGAUUGAGAACCAGCUGGAGAACAAGAUCGCGUUCAUCCGCCAGCACGCCAUCCGGGUCAGGAUCCAUGCCCUCCUGGUGGACCGCUACCUCCACACCUACCACGAAAAGCUGGGCUGGUUCAGCGACCCCCACGAGGUGUUCGAGGACAUCGUCUCGGACCCCGACAAGUUCUACAUCUUCAAGUCCAUCCUGGCCAAGACCAACGUGAGCAAGUUUGAUUUGCCCGACAAAGAGGCCUACCAGGACUUCUUCGGCAUCAACCCUCCGUCAGGAUUCAAGCAGCUGUCCUCUCACUGCAGCUGGACGUCGGGAUGCCUGAUCGACAACAUAGAGAAGGUGAUCAGCGUGGAGCUCCCCGCCCUACUGAGCAGCCUGGGCAAGAAAGAGACUCCGCCCCCCGCCAAGGCCACCCCGGCCCCUCCCCCACCGCUGCCUGAGACGAAACCCAAGAACCGCUGGCGGAAGGACUGAAGAGACAGAAAAGGAGGGAAUAAGAGUAGUGAGGAGAAAACGGAGGGGAGGGACGCUGGUUACGGUGCUGGGAUAAUCUCUUCAGAGUUUGUGCGGACUGGACACAGGGGAGAGAGGAGGCAAGGAUGGAUGGAGGAGACUGAAGAUCAUCAGCGCGAAAGAGGAGUGAAGCCACUUGAAAGAAAUGGGAACCUUACAAGUCCGUUAGGAAAAAAAUCCAACAGGAAAACAAACAUAAAGACGUUUUCUAAUAAUUUAGAUUGAGACUUUUAUGUUCCUGAGAGCUAUUAUUUAACUCCCUUGUAUGUGAACGAAAACAGGGAAAUACAAACAAGAGUUUCAUUCUUUUCAUUUCUGUUCGCUAGGUUAUUAUUUUAUUUCUUCAUUGUAUGUGAACGAAGACAGGGAAAUACAAACAAGAGUUUCAUUUGUUUCAUUUCUGUUUUUCUUUAUGCGUAGACAAAGAAGAAAAAACAGCAGUCAGAUACAUCUUAUUAUUCUACUCUAUCGUGGUUUUUUUUUGUUAUUUAAAAGGUCUGAAUUUCUUCAGUCAGUUACAGCAUUCUAUUCUCUUUGUUAUGUCUAGAACAUUGUUUUUAGUGCAGUAUUGUCACUGCUGUAAGUACACAUUUGUAUACUGAUGCCAGUUUAAAGGGGCUGUAGCUUUCUUGUUGUAAUAGGUUUACUCAACGUGACGCAUGUAAUAAAGUUGUAUUUCAUCCUGAAAGCUCCAGGCACCGUU